AUGUCUGAAGUCCAAUUCAAAGGUUAUGCUAUCACUGAUGCCAGUCUUUGGACGCAAUUCAGUAUCGUCGAGUAUCAGCCGAAGAACUUUGACGACAACGACGUCGAAGUAGCCAUUGCUUACUGCGGCGUUUGCGGUUCAGAUGUGCACACGAUCACUGAAGGUUGGGGAAAGAUACCGACUCCCCUUGUCGUCGGGCACGAAAUCACAGGCAAAGUGACCCGAGUGGGGGCCAACGUCAAGCAGUUCAAAGUCGGCGACAGGGUCGGAGUGGGCGCACAGAUCGGCAGCUGCUACAAGUGCAGGGCGUGUACUAAUGAGCAGGAGAAUUACUGCCCGAACAAGAUCGAUACCUACAACGACCACUAUCCUGAUGGCGUAUUCGCGCAGGGUGGUUACUCGACCGCCAUUCGCGCGAACCAGCAAUUUGUGUUCCCCAUUCCUGAAAAUCUGCCGCUAAAGUAUGCUUCAUCGAUGCUUUGCGCUGGCCUGACGGUAUUCUCUCCGUUGAAACGGCAUGGGUGCGGGCCGGGUAAGAAAGUUGGGGUUAUCGGCAUUGGGGGUCUCGGACACUAUGCUGUCUUAUUCGCAAAGGCAAUGGGCGCCGAGGUGUAUGCGUUCACGCAUAGCACCCGAAAAGUGGACGACAUCAAGAAGAUGGGCGCAGACCACGUCGUUGUUACCGGUACCAACCCCGACUUCGCCAAGCCGCUGCACAUGAUGUUGGACCUCAUCGUGUGCACAGUCGAUGUCGGUACUGAUAUGCCCUUGGCCGACUACCUCAGUACGCUCUGGGUCCACGGGAAGUUUGUCAUGGUUGGCCUGCCCGACGAGCCACUGCCUCAAAUGAAGGCGUUCGACUUCCUCUGCGGCGCUUUCCUCGGUGGGUCACACAUCGGCAACAAGGUUGAGGCCGUAGAGAUGCUACAGCUGGCGGCUUCCAAGGGUAUCCGGCCUUGGAUCGAGGAGUUGCCCAUGAGCAAGGCCGGAGAGGCCGUGCAGCGAGUGAAGAAGGGCGAUGUCCGUUACCGCUUCGUGCUGAAACAGGACAUUGCGCCGAUCGACAUAGAGUGA